AUGAUUUAUGAAGGUAAAUAAUCUAUUUUCAGCCAUUAAGAUUAGUAUGCUCUAAUCAGAUUGGUUAACUCUGAAGAUGAUGCAACCACAAAGAAACAUGAGGAGGGUAAGACUACAUUUACACUAAAAAUGGCAAAAUACUUAUCAACUUCUGGAAUUGGAGAUUAUUUGGAUGGAAUUAACGUCCUCUUGAGUUUUCUAUUAACGGUUUUGCAUCUAAUUGAUUGUUCAUUUUGGGUCUAAGGAGGAACUUACGAUGUUGGAGAAGCUUAAACAUUUAUUACAGUAAUAUCAACAAAAUUAAAGUUUUUAGAUUCCUGAAUUGAUCUGUUACAUAUAUUUCCUCCUUGAUUUUGCAAUUAAUUUCUAUCUUUCAGAAAAUAAAUUGUUCUUCACUUUUUAAACAACAUCACUAAUUGAAUAUGUUUCAAUAUUUCCAUCAUUGCUAGCUAGAUUAAAUAUUAUAACUGGAUACAAGUAUAUAUAUUUAUUGAGGGUGUUGCGUUUCCUAUUGUGCUACAAAUUGGAUAAGGUGUUAUAGAGGCAGUCAAUGGAAGGUAUUUAAUUGGAUUAAUUUAGAGUAUUUAGGUUGGCAUACAAACCAAUUGUAACUGUUAUGGCAAUUAUAAUGAUCAAUUCAUCAGUCCUGUACGUAGUUGAACAAAAUUACUCAAUAGUUGAAUAUAUCUACUUUAUGGUCGUGACAAUAUCAACAGUUGGAUUUGGUGAUGUAUACCCAACAACAAUCUAUGGUAGAUUUUCAAUUAUUAUUGCAAUUCUGAUAAUGUUUCUGGUCUUACCACCUCAAGUUGAGAUGUUGACCAGAGUAUACAGCUUGCGAAGUUAAUAUGCAAGAAAUAAAUACAUUUCAAAAAAAGAAUCAGAACAUGUCCUAUUGCUUGGAUCUUCUUAAGUUGAAGGCUUUAAGACAUUUUUAAAUGAGCUUUAUCACACUGAUCAUGGAUUGAAUGACACUAAUACUGUCAUACUCUAACCUUCAGCACCUACUGAAGAAAUGACUCUCUAAUUGAAACAACCAGCUUUAUAGUCUAGAGUAAUCUAUUUAGAAGGACAUCCAUUAUAAAAUAAGGAUCUAGAAAGGUGUAGUUCGAAGGACUGCAAUUGUGUUAUUGUUUUAGCAAAUAAAACAAGUAGAACACCAAAAAGGGAUGAUUAUCGCAAUAUUAUUCAUGCAUUUGCUGUGAAAUAAUUUGCAAAAAAGCAGAAAUCCAAAAAAGGGGCAAGAGUAUGCUUGUAAGUAUUGCAACCUUCCAGUAAGGAUUUAUAUUUUAAUUCUCUUGGUGGUCAUGAAGCUGAUUAAGUGAUAUGUGUAGAUGAACUUAAGCUAUAUCUUUUAGGGAAAACUUGUUUAUGUCCUGGAAUAAAUACACUUAUUUCAUUUCUAAUUCAAUCAUCCAAACCAACCUAUGACAUAACAAAAUAUGACAAAAAUAAGAGUGAAUGGAUAGAUGACUAUUUAUGUGGAAUGCAAAAUGAAAUCUAUAGAAUUCCAUUAGAGUCAGAAGCAUUUGUUGGCCUCACAUUUAGUUAAGUAAUUUAGAGUUUAAAUAGAAUAGAUUUCUUAAGCAAUAUAUAAAGAGUUAAAUAUAAUAUUAUUCGCUCUAGAAGUAGAAUUAGAAUCAGGCACAAGUGUAUUUGUCAACCCAGCUGAAUAUCUAUUUGAAGAUUACUUGCAUUACGGAUAUGUGAUAGCCAGCGAAAUGCCCAACAUUGAUUAGAUUUAAUAAACCAAAUUCCCUGAAUACAUUUAAAGGAACUACUGCUUUCCAAAUCAGCAGAGAUAAUAAACUAAUAAAAAUGCACUCUAACAAGAAGCUGAAUACUUAAAGGAUCUACUUAGUGAGGGACUCAAGGAUGAUUCAUCCAAAAAUCCUGCUUAUUAUUAAGUCAAGCCUCAAACCAUCACUACAGGACUUCCUAAGGUUGGAGACCAAGAAAAAUUUGAAAAUCACUUUAUUGUAUGUGGUGUUGUUUCAGAUAUGAAAUACCUUAUGAUGCCACUCAGAGCCAGGUCCUUAAAAAAUAUUCAACCAAUUGUAAUAUUGAAUUAGGAUUUGAUUCCAACUGAAAUUUAACUGCAAAUUAACAAAUUUCCUAAGGUAUAUUUUCAAUAAGGAUCUCCGCUUAAUACUGAAGAUCUAAAGAAAGCCUGUAUUCAAAAGGCUUCAGCUUUAGUGAUCCUAUAAAAGUCUGCUGAUUUAGAGGAUGGGUUAUCAAAUAUUGUCGAUGCUGAUACAAUCUUCAUAUAUAAGACUGUGAAGUUGCUAAACUAAAACAUAAACAUAAUAACUGAAUUGGCCUCCAUUUCAACUAUUUCUUUCUUAUAGAUCUCAAGAAAUAAUUAUGUUCAGAAAUACGAUUGGUCAGUGAGUGAACCAUUUGCCUCUGGAGAAAUAUAUAUUUCCACCAUGCUUGAUACUUUAAUAUGCCAAGCCUAUUAUAACCCAUUCAUCACUAGUAUUUUUGAUUAGAUGAUUUUAGGAAGUGCUUCAGUAAACAAAAAGGUAAUUUUAAUUUGUAUUAUCAUAGAAUAAAAAAAUAUAUUAGGCAAACAAGUUACAGCAGAGCAACUUAUUUCUUAUUAAUAUACCACCAAAAUAUUAAGAAAAAACUUUUGGAGAACUUUUUGAAAUAUUGCUUACUGAGUAAAAGAUGAUUCCAAUUGGACUUUAUAGAGGGGAAAAAGUUAAAAAUAAUAGUAAACCUUAUGUUUUCCUUAAACCUCCUAUGGAUGUGGUGGUAUCAAGCAAGGAUAGAGUGUAUGUCUUAAGUGCCAAACAACCCAAAGAACAAGAAACUAUUAUUGACUCUUAAAUCAAUCUAGGAAACGAGGCUGCCUCCUAAUAUUUCAAUAUCAAAUCUAAACUAUAAGGGGAGGAAGGAAGAGUUGAUGUUGAAUAUUCAAGAGAACUGAUGAAAUUUAAUGAGAAAAUGAAGACUUUCGGAACUUAACUAAAAGAUAUUAAUUCGUCAGUCUUUAAUCAAGGAUUGAUUCAACAUGGUAUUUAAAUUAUCUAUUUAGAUUUCAUUGAAAAAGUGCGAUCAUUGUUAAAAAAUGAAUUAGCCAGUCUAAAUCCAACAACUUGA